AUGGCGGGCCCGCGGGGCGCGCUGCUGGCCUGGUGCCGCCGCCAGUGCGAGGGCUACCGCGGCGUGGACGUGCGCGACCUGAGCGGCUCCUUCCGGGACGGCCUGGCCUUCUGCGCCAUCCUGCACCGGCACCGGCCCGACCUGCUAGAUUUUGAUUCGCUUUCCAAGGACAAUGUCUUCGAGAAUAACCGUUUGGCUUUUGAAGUGGCCGAGAAGGAGCUGGGCAUUCCUGCUCUCCUGGACCCCAGUGACAUGGUCUCCAUGAGGGUCCCUGACUGCCUCAGCAUCAUGACCUACGUGUCCCAGUAUUACAGCCACUUCGCCAGCCAUGGCCAAGCCGGUGUGUCAGCUCCCAGGAAGGGCCUGUCGCCCUCCUCCCCGCCGUCCACGCCAGCGGAACCGGAAGACAGGGCUCAGGGCGAGGAGCUGGCCCCCGGGCAGCUGUCGGAGCCGGAGGGGGGCGCCCAGCGGCCCCCCAGCAGCGUGUGCGCGGCCUGCGGGCAGCACGUGCACCUGGUGCAGCGGUACCUGGCGGAGGGCCGGCUCUUCCACCGGCACUGCUUCCGGUGUCGGCAGUGCUCCAGCACCCUCAUCCCCGGGGCCUACAGGGCCGGGCCUGAGGAGGGCACCUUCGUGUGCGCGGAGCACUGUGCCCGGCUGGGCCCCGGCGGGCGGGGGGCCAGGCCCCGGUCCCCGCCACAGCCAAAGCGACAGCAAGAAGAAGGCAGGGACGCAGCAGCAGAAGCCACGGAUGUGGAGGGAGGCGGCCCCAGCCCGAGGGCGGCUGCGGGGGCUGAGGCCCGGCCCCAGAUCCCCACCAAGCCCUGCGUUCCGGACAGACCGCCGGAUCUGGCCAGCCCCCAGGCCGGCCGCCCCAUGCCCGCCCCCAGGAAGACCUUGGAGGGCACAGCCUCGCCGCCCUCAGUGCCCCCGACACCCCGGCCCCGGUCCAGUCUGCAGCCGGAGAACCCGGCGGAGCAGGGAGGCAGCGGCCUGGUGAACGGACGGCUGAACGAGCCCCCCGUCCCCAAGCCGAGAGGGACGCCCAAGCUGUCAGAGAGGACGCCCGCCCCCCGGAGGGACCCUCCCUGGAUCGCGCUGGUCCAGGCGGAGCCGAAGAAGAAGCCGGCCCCCCCGCCCCCGAGCAGCAGCCCCCGGCCGCCCGGCCGGGACAGCAGGCGGGCGGAGGACGGCGGCGAGGAGGCGGCUGGCCCGGAGCCCAAGCCCUACAACCCCUUCGAGGAGGAGGAGGGGGAGGGGGAGGAGCCGCCUGCUGCACCCAGUCCAGCCACCAGCCCUGCCCAGGCCCCCCCGGAGUCUGCACCCAAGUCCCUGCACCCCUGGUACGGCAUCACCCCCACCAGCAGCCCCAAGACCAAGAAGCGCCCUGCCCCCCGGGCGCCCAGCGCGUCCCCGCUCGCUCUCCACGCCUCCCGCCUCUCACACUCGGAGCCGCCCUCGGCCACCCCGUCGCCGGCCCUCAGCGUGGAGAGCCUGUCCUCCGAGAGCUCCGGCCAGCCGGCCGGCGGGGCCCUCCUGGAGCUGCCGGCCGUGCCCAAGAGCUCCUCCGAGCCUGCCGUCCACGCCCCCGGCACCCCCGGCUCCGCUGCCAGCCUCUCCGCCGACUCCUCCCUGUCCUCCUCGGGGGAGCUGGCGCAGCCCGCCCUGGACCGGACGCCUCAAGCCAGCCCCGGCCUCGCCCCCCGUGCCAGGGGCAGCCCGGGCGCCCAGCCAGCCAAGCCCUGCAGCGGCGCUGCCCCCACCCCUCUCCUGUUGGUGGGAGACACGGGCCCCGGGCCUUCGCCCGGCACCUCGUCCCCGCAGCUCCAGGUAAAGUCUUCCUGCAAGGAGAACCCUUUUAACCGGAAGGCGUCGCCCACAGCGUCCCCGGCCACAAAGAAAGCCACCAGAGGACCCAGGCCGGCCCGGCCCCCGGCCCCCGGACACGGCUUCCCGCUCAUCAAGCGCAAGGUCCAGGCUGACCAGUACAUCCCCGAGGAGGCCAUCCACCGCGAGGUGGACACCAUCGAGCGCCAGCUGGACGCCCUGGAGCUGCGCGGGGUGGAGCUGGAGAGGAAGCUGCGAGGCGGGGUGAAUGAGGGCCACGAGGACGACAUGCUGGUGGACUGGUUCAGGCUCAUCCACGAGAAGCACCUGCUGGUGCGGCGCGAGUCCGAGCUCAUCUACGUCUUCAAGCAGCAGAACCUGGAGCAGCGCCAGGCCGACGUGGAGUAUGAGCUCCGGUGCCUCCUCAACAAGCCCGAAAAGGACUGGACAGAGGAGGACCGCGGCCGGGAGAAGGUGCUGAUGCAGGAGAUGGUGACCCUCAUCGAGCAGCGCAAUGCCAUAGUCAACUGCCUGGAUGAGGACCGGCAGAGGGAGGAAGAGGAAGAUAAGAUGCUGGAAGCCAUGAUUAAGAAGAAAGAGUUCCAGAAGGAGGCUGAAUCCGAGGGCGGCAAGAAGGGCAAGUUCAAGAAGGUGAAGGUGCUGAAGCUGCUGACACCAAAUAAGCGUGACGCCAAGAGCAAGUCCCCUGGGGACAAGAGCUAA